AGCUUGUCAGAAGGGAUUUAAAAACUGUUAAUUAGCUUGGAUUUCGACACUCCAUCAAUCAAACGUCCCACAGGACUCUUUUUAAGAAAGCAACCUUAGGAAUCAUUGGUCGAGGAUUAAUCUCGCAAGACUGACUCAAGGGACACGGUAGACAAGAACUAUUAUAACACAUCAUACACGUGCAAAUUAGUGAUAUGUACACACAGAAACUGUAAAUUGCAUAUUUAACAAAGACCCCUAACGGCGCCAGUAAUCAGUCACUCAAGGUACCGGAAUCCUGUCGACUCCAGUUGCAAAGUCAGCUUAAAGAUCAGACGCGGGACGCACGGAAAGAGGAAGAAGAAAUGAUCAGACACGAAGACACCAGGCUAACUAAACUGUUCGUCGGGGGCAUCCCAUACGACACCGACGACGAAUCUCUACGAGAGUUUUUCGUACGGUUUGGGGAGAUCAAAGAGGCUGUAGUGAUUCGGGACCGGGACACACUGCAGUCAAAAGGAUAUGGAUUUGUUACGUUUCACGAUAAAGAUUGCGCUAAACAGGCGUGUGUAAACAAGAGGCCGGUUAUCGAUGGAAGAACGGCAAACGUAAACUUGGCCUACCUCGGCGCCAAACCAAAAAGCAGCAAAGGAAAUGGAAAGAAUGCGACGUCGAGCUAUGGAUUUGCCUACAAGCAGAAUACCAUAAUGGGAUCACAUCAAUACCCUGGCAAUUUCUCAACUGGGUUCUCCACGCAAAUCCCAGCUCAGCAGAUUCAAACAGUUCCUCUUGUCUCGCCAGUACCUCAGUCACCAAACGGACAAAUGCCGUCGAUGCAGCCAACAGUUCAACCCAUACAACUGAUCGAGUACAAUGGAGUACCAACGAUUGUUUUCGGUACUGUAUACGAUCAACUUUAUUAUUCUACACCGCCAUAUGUUCCCUCACCGACGCUGCCAGCCACCACAAUCGCUCCUUCGUUCACUUACCAAACCGUGGCGCCCCAAACACCUCCGUUAAAUGGCUGCUCGUUAAGCGGACAACACUUCUUUCCAACACACGUGGAAAUCAUCGGCCAGCCGCAGCUCUGAAUUGGAAGAAUCAGGCCUUUGAAGAGUUGAACAGAAAUGCUAAAACUAGCUGCAGUUGAGAAACUUUGACCAUAUAAAAACUAAGAACCCAGAAGAUCUAGAUGUUGAAGCGAUCACAAGCCUGGUUAAAUUCGUCUUGUAUUUAUCGCUAAUUAUUUGAACUCUCAUCAUAGGCGGUUAGCGUAAAAGAUGCAAAUUGUUAUAAUUAGGCAAAAGCCGGCAUACUGUAGAAGUAUAUAGGUAGCAGAUAAGGAGAAAACAAAUCACAAAAAAAUAUUUUUAAUCAAUUUCUCUAAUUUAUUAACGAGAUCGAGAACGAGAAAAUCAACUUUUUCGUAACCGUGUAGAGGCGGUUUUAUCGUUAUAGAGUACCAGCAAAACGUGUACAGUUCAUGGAAAACAAACGUAAUAGUUGUACAGAGAGGCACACCACACAAAACUGUAAAUGUAGGCUUUUUAAUAGGAAAAAAAGGUCAAGAUGUAUUCUAUUUUCCUAAAGAAUCUUUCUGAGGAUAUGCAAAGCAAGUAGAUCGAACCUAUAUCAAAAUGCUUGUUAAUGCUUCCAAAUUCUGCUCGUAAGUGGAUCAACCUGAACAGCUUAAUAUACCCUUGAACAGUCGAGGGUCCUCUGAGGGCACAAUUUAAUAAAAUUCUUAUUGUAAUUGCGGUAAAACAAAGAAGUAAAUACAACAGUAGGUCACUAAGUAAGUUGUACAUCUUGCUUUUCUUGAUCUGUUUGUGUACAAGUUCAAUUUUCCGUCACGACCUGAAUUGGAGUGGUUAAGUAGAGCCCUUCCAACUUACCCGGCGUUGUCUCUCGGAAGUGCUGCAGCUAGCGCCCGUAACAAUAAUGUAGAUGACUGAUGGAAUUCAUUUAGAUAAAUCACUUGUAACAAGAUCAGUGCUUGCUCUUAGAUGUUGUCCGAAUUAUUAAAAUGGUAUUUGACAAAGACAAGUUUUUAAGUUCCCUUUUCAGCCAUCUUCCAUAUAAUCUUUACAUUCCAACGAUCUUUCUUUGAUCGCUUUUAAGAUAUUUUGCCUGUUCCUUUUACAUUCGAUCGACAAAGAGUUACAUUUACAUAUCUUUUGAUUUGAUUUUCCAAUGCUCUGUCAUCAUCCUUGUUCAAGAGAACGUGAAACUA